UCCAUGCAGUCUGUCUCUCUCUCCAGCAGAGGAGCAGCGCACUUGAGUUCGAACGCGGCGCCCGCUGCAUCGGACCUGCUCCCUUAUUACAGACUUCUUAUUAAGGUUUUUCUUGAAGGAUUUCAAAGUUCUCAUGUUGUUAUCAACUUGUGACUGAUUUGGACCCCGGAUCUUUGGGUUGGGGUAUGCGAAGUAUUAAACUAUAGUUCUCUCUCUCACUCUCACGGUCUUGAGGUAACUGUACAUUUGUGGAUGAUUUCAAAUUGAAACGUCGCCCCGGACCUUACAAAGAGUUGGGGGAUUCCUCCAGCUUAACAUUUCCAAGGUGAUGUCUUUGUACAACAAAUGGGAAAAACAUUCUUAGUGAUUUUUUCUAUAUACAACUGGCUUGAUCAACAACAAUUAAAGAGGAAAAAGUUUUGACACACUUCGGGAUUUUCUAUUUUUACAGCAUUUUGUUGGGAUGGAUGCUAAAGGGAUUUACCUUACACUACUGGCAGCCAUUGGUGGUGUCUGGGUAGUAGUCAGCUCCAGUCGGGACUGCCUACGGGCGGGAGAGUUCUGCUCAAGUGACCCGACUUGCAGCCCCCGUCUACGCACUUUACGGCAAUGUGUCGCAGGUAACGGCAACAUGAAGCUGGGGCCUGGAGCUCGGAAUCAGUGUGAGAACGCCGUGGCGGCCUUGCUGUCCAGUCCUUUGCAUGGUUGUAAGUGCAAACGAGGUAUGAAAAAGGAAAAAAACUGUCUUAGUAUCUACUGGAGCCUGCACCAGUCCUUCCUGCAUGGAAUGAAUCUAGUGGAAAAUUCCCCCUAUGAACUGGUGGACAAAGGUUUUGACUACGUAAGGCUUGCUUCCAUUGCAGCCGGUUCUGAAUUUGGAAUGACUCCUGUCAAUCGCUGCUUGGAUGCGGCCAAGGCCUGCAAUGUGGCGGAGGUGUGCCAAAAAUUCCGCACUGAGUAUGUGUCAGCCUGCAUCAAGCCUUCUGUCAAGCCCGGCUCCUGCAAUCGGCCCAAAUGCAACAAGGCCCUCCGUAAAUUCUUCGACCGAGUGCCUCCUGAGUACACGCACGAGCUUCUCUUCUGCCCUUGCACUGACACGGCCUGUGCAGAACGCAGGCGACAGACCAUCGUCCCUGCCUGCUCCUAUGAAACAAAGGAGCGGCGCAACUGCCUGGACCUGCUGCAAGACUGUAAAACUGACGUUAUUUGCAGGUCCCGAUGGGCACAGUUCGAGUUGAACUGUCAGCCAUCGACUUUGUCAGCAACUGGAUGCAAGCAGGAGAACUAUGGAGCAUGUCUGCUGUCCUACACGGGCCUUAUAGGUAGCCCGAUCACUCCAAAUUAUUUGGAUAAUUCCACCUCCAGUGUGGCACCAUGGUGUACCUGCACCACCAGUGGCAACCAGCGGGGGCAGUGUAGCAACUUCUUGAGUUACUUCACGGGCAACACCUGCCUCAAAAAUGCAAUUGUGGCCUUUGGAAAUGGAACAGACCUGAACACAUCACCUAAUCAGCCUGGGCAGACAACUCCUACUACUGAGCCUGAGGAAGCUAGGACCACCAUUUCAGAUUCUAGGGAGUCAGAGGAAAACUUCUUCGGACAGCUGAUUCCCACUCCGGAGGCGGAGGGUAGAAGAGGAUGGAGCGAAUCGACUCGAGCCUCCUCUGGCGCUUCAGACGGGGCCUCGUCCUCCCCUCUGAGGCUGGCUCUCUCGGGAUUCCUGCCGCUUCUGAUCUCCUGGUACAGACGCCACUAGAGUGUCUGCGAGCCUGCAGUGGAAAUCGAGAGAGUCCGGACACUGGCACGUUCAGUUCUUUCUUUCGUUUGUAUCCUUUGCGGUGAAAAUGCAUCCUCUGUUUGACAACUCUGUGCAACUGUCUUAAUGAGAGCGAGAGAGACUCGGUGUGAUGGAAGGAGACGACGCGGCCAAUGGAGUUUGGCCUUUCGACUUUUUUUACACAAACAGUUUCUGGUGCCACGUUGGAGUUUGCACCAGUGGAUCGUAAAUCUCAGUUUCCUGUUUGGCGUCUGAAUCACAAGGAUUCCUUAACUUUCAUUUUUGCACACAAAUGCAUUUCCCAUCAGGUGCUUGGUUUAUUAUCUAUUCGUGGGGUGGACAUUUCCAAAUGUGGACCAAUGGCUGUGCUCCCCAGAUGUCCUUGAACUCGUGACAUGACAUUUGUUUCUUUUGGGCACAGGUCCCCGUUUGUCUUGUGAAAUAUUGUAAAAAGAAGUGGACUAAAAGGAAAGAGCCAUGCAGACACUCACUUACUCGGUGCAAGGGCACCCACUGGGUGCUGGGAGGGCUCUCUCGAUGGGCACGCUGACUGCAGCCAUGUGCUGCUGAAAAUACAAUUUGACUAGGUGUUAUGAACAUUGAUCACAUGCAGUCCUUUUCUGGGUCCAGAAUCCGAAUCAAGCAGGGUUUGGGGGUCUUAUUUUCAUUCACCCCCCCCCACACUGCUCCUAUAUUUUCUGUUGCUUAUAGCAAACUUUCAUUUGAUAGACCUGAAUGAUUGCCCUUCAAAAAACUGUCUGCCACAUACACACCUCAAUAUUGUGAAGUUGAAAGAUUUUUGUCCAAAGAUUAUUGGAUCCCAUCACAGUGGUCACAGUGAAACGCGCCAUCAAAAGCAGACUGGCUCACUUGUGGUGGUCGAGACGCACGGCCAUCUUGAACAGCGCUUCACCUCAUUUUCUUAUUUUUCUGUGUUUUUUUUUUAUUUUACUUCAAAAUACUCUGGUAUUUAGAAGCCCCAUGUAUUAUAAGUCUUUAUUUUUUUUUUCCAUUAUCAUCUGCUAUUAAAGAAAACAUCUGCUUA